AGCACCACGUGACGCGCCGAUCAGCUGACUGCCGGGUUCCGGGUUGUCGGUCGGUGUUUACUUUGAAAUCAGCUUCUUCUUCUUCUUCGAUCUCCGCGGCUGAAUCAGCAGCCAUGAACGCCUCCGACACCGACGAGGACUCGUAUAACGAGAGGACGGCGUUGGUCCCGUCUGAGAAUCCUGAGGUGCAGUCCUACAGCCCUGAUGCUGACCACACCCCCCCUGACAGCACGCCAUCCAAAAAGCCUCAGGUGACCAGGAGGGCGGGUCCGGCUGCAGCAGACGGCGUUGGUGGUGGCGGCGGUGGCAGCUCGGAUCAGGAGGCAGAUGCUGAGGAUGAGGAGCUGACUCUGAAGUAUGGAGCCAAACAUGUCAUCAUGCUGUUCAUCCCCGUCACGCUCUGCAUGGUCGUGGUCGUCGCCACCAUCAAGUCUGUCAGCUUCUACAGCGAGAAGACCGACCAGCGACUGAUCUACACGCCGUUCUCGGAGAACACGUCGUCUGUGGGCCGCCGGCUCCUCAACUCGGUCCUGAACACCAUCAUCAUGAUCAGCGUCAUCGUGGUCAUGACCAUCCUGCUGGUCGUUCUCUACAAGUACCGCUGCUACAGGUUCAUCCAGGGCUGGCUCAUCCUGUCCUCCCUCAUGCUGCUCUUCUGGUUCAGCUUCAUGUACCUGGGCGAGGUGUUUAAGACGUACAACCUGGCGGUGGAUUACCCAACCGUGGGGGUGAUCAUCUGGAACUUCGGGGCUGUGGGGAUGAUCUGUAUCCACUGGAAGGGCCCGCUCCAGCUGCAGCAGGCCUACCUCAUCCUCAUCAGUGCCCUCAUGGCCCUCGUCUUCAUCAAGUACCUGCCCGAGUGGUCAGCCUGGGUCAUCCUGGGCGCCAUCUCCGUCUACGACCUGGUGGCCGUCCUCUCUCCUAAAGGUCCUCUCAGGAUGUUGGUGGAGACGGCUCAGGAGCGGAACGAGCCCAUCUUCCCCGCCCUCAUCUACUCCUCGGCCAUGAUGUGGACGGUGGGGAUGGCGAGCCCGAUGGGCCAGCGCUCCGGACAGGAAACGGACGAGGAGGCGGAUCAGAGGAGCCAGGGGGCGGAGCCUGAGAUACGACCGUCCCGCUCGUUUCCAGAGGACGACCUGGAGGAGGACAGAGGGGUGAAGCUCGGUCUCGGGGAUUUCAUCUUCUACAGCGUCCUGGUUGGAAAAGCUGCAGCGACAGGUGGAGACUGGAACACGACGCUCGCCUGCUUCGUCGCCAUUCUCAUUGGCCUGUGUCUGACUCUGCUGCUGUUGGCGAUCUUUAAGCGAGCGUUACCGGCGUUGCCGAUCUCCAUCGCCUUCGGCCUCGUCUUCUACUUCUCCACGGACUUCCUGGUUCAGCCGUUCAUGGACAACCUGGCCGCUCACCAGUUCUAUAUCUGACAGAAGCCCCGCCUCCUAACCUUCCAUGCACAAAGACUGUCCCUGUUCCUGUGCAGGUGAUCCACCUGUCCGUUUGAAGAACACGAUGCAUUAAUCAAAACACAGGAAGUGAUGUAAUGCAGACGCAGGAAGCUCAGGUGUGUUUCUGAUCACCUGCUAAACAAACAUUUGAAGGAAAGUUCCACCUCAAACCUUGUACCUCCUCACACCUGUAGAGUCUCUGUAACGCUUCUGACGGGACGAUUCAACUCUCGCUGUGAUGUUUGUUCGUCAAACACCACGGCUGCUUCUGAUUGGCCGACGCUCCUGUCAGUCAAAACACGCCCAAACAUUCCUGUGUUUUUUUUCUGGAUAAAUUUACAUGAAUUCGUUUUCUCUCUUCCUGAGUUUUUUUUAGCUUUCUGACAUGGCUCGUCCUGAUUGGUCCACACAGACUGAGAACACGCCCCCACAUUAACCUCCCCGUCACACACGUCUGAUUUAAAAACUACCGCUAACGAGCCGUCAGGUAGCUCAGUGUCUCCAUGGCAAUGAGUACAGCAGCUUCACUCUGGUUGCUUUCAUGAAACACUCAAAUAUAAAUCUUACCUUCAGGUCGAGUUCACUUUGAACCAAACUUUAUUUAAACACGUUCAGAAAAACGUUUGAAAAAGUGAGCGAACAGGAAGCUCAUUAAAAUAAACUUUUUCAAACACGAGUCUGCGUACGGACCAUGACGGUUAAAAUAGGACUAAAAACCUCUGAGGUUUCAAAAACUCGUUAAGUUUAUCGUAAACGUACGACUUUUUCACCUAAAAAAAAAAACAAAACUACGAGAUAAAUUUCUUCUACAUUAACGACUCAUCAUUUCGUACUUACAAGGUUUUUGUCUCGUAUAAUUACUAUAAUCUCAAAAGAGUAAAAUAUCUCGUAACGUACGACUUAUCAUCGGAAAGAUGUCGGGUUAAAUUCCUCGUGAAAUAACGACUUUUGAAUCUCAUAAAUUCUGAUUUGAGUUUUAAGCACAUUAACGACUUUAUAAACUCAAACUGGGAGAAUUAUUUGUUGAAAAUUACGAAGUUUUAAUAAAAAAUAUUUUUUAUUAAAUUUAUGACUUUAUAGUCAAAUAUUCUGCGUUAAUUUUUUUUAAAAGCAUAAAUUUUUUUUUAAUUAAAAGCAUUAGCAUUAAGCUAGUUUAGCUCCAAAAACGUACCUGAGUAUCUGACUUUUCUACUAAGAGAGCAGCGAUCAUAGCGGAGCGCCUCCUGGUGGCCGUGAACAACUUCAGUUACUUUCAGGUUUAAGGUGGAAUUUUCCCAGAAUUCAUUCAGUUCCAGGUUUUUAAUAUUAUAACAAAGAACGAAUCUCUCUGCUGUAAAGUUUAAAUUAGUCAGACUAGACGGAGUUUAAAGAAACUUGAUGUGCUCGGUGAAAAAGAGAUUUAGUUAGAACUUCAUUAAUCCAGCAGGAAACAACGAUUCAUCAAUUGUUUCCUUUUAGGAUAGAAACAUAUUUUAUUAUCUAUUAAUCUGAGUUAUCCACAUCUCUGUUUCUGGUUUUGAUGUUUUUCUUUUGUAAAUAUUAUAAUAAAUGAAAUAUCUUUUCAAACUUUCAA